AUGGUUAAAGUCACAAACCUCGAUGUCGAAUAUGCCGGGCUCAUGAGCCACAACCCUGAAGGCACUUACCUUUACAUCCCUCCCAGUUUCGCGACGCUUCACCCCGGAUCAGUUGGCUUCUUCGACCAACGCGGCAGCUGGAAUCAAAUCACCGAUCUGUCCAAGAAAGGAAGAUCUGAAGUCGAUGGAUACACAAAACCGAGUCACGAUCUAAGCUAUGACGAGCCCACAACAUCGACGUGGAAGGCACGGUCAUCAGAACCCGAAGAUAGCCACCAGACUCGGAUCAAUGGAGGCACUUCUGAUAACCCAUCGGUCGGUGCGAACUGUGAGAGCAAGCCUUCGGUGACUUCUUCUGAGAAAGCUGGCCUCGCUGUCAAAGGUCUCACCAGGCGAGAAAAGAUUCGAGCUCCGUUUUUCAAUCCUUCUUCGGUGUGGGCAUCGGAAAACGUCGAGACGAUUUUGUCGAAAGAGUUCGCAACGCAUAUUGAGAAGAAUGGGCUUUGGAUCGUUCAGUCAACCUGGGUUGUCGAAGAAUGUGCUAUUCGCAUGACCGACCGUGCAGAUAAGAGCGUUGAGGUCGGGUUGGAUAUUGUGUCCAACUCUGACAGUGGCGCAGUCCCUUUUGACAAACUCAAAAAUGAAGGCUGGUCGACGUAUCACGAUGCCAAGCAUGAGGGAGGGAGGGUUGUUUCCUUCAGUGGAUUGCACUUCAAGCCGAGUCAGUUCCAGAAAUCCCGUCAGGGUCUGCAUGAAGAUGUGAGCGUCGGACAUAUGAACUUUGAAUCUGUGAUGGUUGGUCAGACUCUGGCCGACGCCGAAGAAGAGAAAGCAGCAGAGAUAGCGAAGGACGAGAAGGUGAAAGCAGAGGUUGGGGCGAGAAAGACUGCAAUUCACCGAAACACUGAAGUUUCUGAUGACGUCGUGCCACACUGA